AUGCCAGGCCUACAGGCUGGGAGAAGAGCACGGGUCUAUGCCGACAUCAACAGCCUGAGGAGCUGUGAGUACUGGGACUAUGAAGCACACAUCCCCACCUGGGGAGAUCUGGAAGAUUAUCAGCUGGUUAGAAAACUCGGUCGCGGCAAGUACAGCAAGGUGUUUGAAGCCACAAAUAUCACAAACAAUGAGCGUGUUGUGGUCAAGAUCCUUAAGCCAGUAAAGAAGAAGAAGAUUAAGUGAGAGGUUAAAAUUCUGUAAAAUAUAUGGGGUGGAACCAACAUCAUCCAGCUUCUUGACACAAUUAAGGAUCCAUUGUCCAAGACUCCAGCUCUUGUCUUUAAAUAGAUCAAUAAAACGGACUUGAAGCAGCUUUAUCGGGUCCUCACAGAAUAUGACAUUAGAUAUUACAUGUACGAACUGCUAAAGGCCUUGGAUUACUGCCACAGUCAGGGGGUGUGCACCGUGAUGUGAAGCCUCAUAAUGUAAUGAUUGAUCGUCAGCAGAAAUAGAGUGGGGCCUGGCAGAGUUUUACCAUCCGGCACAGGAAUACAAUGUGCGAGUGGCUUCUUAUUACUUCAAGGGUCCUGAGCUGUUGGUGGAUUACCAGAUGUAUGACUACAGUCUGGACAUGUGGAGCCUGGGCUGUAUGUUGGCCAGUAUGAUCUUUCAUAAGGAGCCAUUCUUCCACGGCCAAGACAAUCAUGACCAGUUGGUAAGGAUUGCCAAAGUGCUGGGCACUGAUUAGUUAUUUGGAUACCUUAAGAAAUAUCACAUAAAGCUUGAUCUUCACUUUAACAACAUCCUGGGCACGGAAACGCUGGGAGAACAGACACCUAGUGAGUGCAGAGGCUCUGGAGAUGUUCGAUAAAUUACUGCGUUACAACUAUCAGCAGAGACUGAUGACAUGGGAGGCCAUGGAGCACCCUUACUUCUAUCCAGUUGUGAAGGAGCAGCAAGUGCAGUCAGACAUCUCUCUCAUCCCUAGCAGCCUGUAA